UUUUCUUUUGUUUUUUUUUUCGGCCCUUCAAAUUACACCCGUGCAUCAUCGAACGCGAGUCGGAUGAUUUUUUGGAGAUGGAAAUUUACCCUCUCCCCCGUGAACAAUAUCUCGUCAUCGAAAAUAGGGAUCGUUGAAAGCGGCAACGACUUGUACGUCGAACCACCACCAAGUGCAAAACACCGGGCCGCUUUGUACAACGUUUUGGCAGCAAAAUUAUAAAGUGGUGCAAUAUAACCUUUCCGGAACACAAUCAUCACCAUCAAUCGGCAGUGGGUUUGUGAAGUUGGCCCCAAAAUUUACAUCGCAUUUCUAGCAAAAAAGGGCAGCGCGUUAGGGUGUGCGUGUACGUGUGUGUGUGCAGAACCCGGGAGUGCGGAUUGUGUGUGUGUGUUAUUGUCUACAGGGCGAAAGAAAAUUGCAACUAUUCUUAAAGUGAAACACUGCUAGUAACACAAUUCCACAGCCAUGAGUGCGCUACUAAGGAACCAAAGUCAGCUGUUUGGCAUGAACCGCUGCUAUCGGAAUCUACAACCCAAUGUACGGGUACGGUGUGCCAGUUACCGAGCGAACCAACCGAUCGCCUAUUUAAGUGCACAGUACGAUAGCUUGCUUCAGCCGUGCACCAUCUUCAGCGCAAAUUCCAGCAGCAGAAGAACUCCGCUCGGGCCCCACACCGGUGGUCUGCCACUGCUCGACGCACUCGGAUAUGGUCGCGGCAGUGCGUCCACCACGCCACACAUCAUCAGAUGCAUUUCCACCACAAGCUGGCUUCGGGAUCAGCCCUCCUCCAAGGUUGAGGUCACGGUUCAAACGUUAAAGAAGAAAGAGAAGGAACAGCAGCAACAGCAGCAGCAGCUGGCUAAUGGCGCUGUGAAUGGAACUCCAAAUGUUGCUGCCACACCAACAGCAGCAGCAGCACCAGCACCAGCAUCGAAGGUGCUUGCCGACAGUACGCCUAAUGUAUCGGCUACAAGCGGCAGCCCUGCCAGUGCCGAACAGCAACCUCAAACACCGCCGGCAGCGGCCGUCGUUGCGACCGCGCCGGUGGUAAAGAAAACGCUUCAGCAACGUAUAUGGGCCGAACUGGUGCACUACUACCACGGGUUCCGGUUGCUGUUCAUCGACAUCAACAUUAGCCGGAAGCUGCUGUGGCGCGUACUUAACGGGAAAACGUUGACGCGUCGCGAACACAAGCUGCUCAUCCGGACGACCUCCGACCUGUUCCGGUUGGUACCGUUCUCGGUGUUUAUUAUCGUGCCGUUUAUGGAGCUGCUGCUGCCGAUCGCGAUCAAGCUGUUCCCGGGCAUGUUGCCCUCCACCUUCCAGACGGCGACCGAGCGGGAGGACAAGAUCAAGCAAAACCUCAAGGUGAAGAUCGAGAUGGCCAAGUUCCUGCAGAAAACGCUCGACGAUAUGGCGGUACAGAACAAGGAGCAUCGGUCGCAGGCGGCCAAAGAUUUUAGCGAAUUUUUUACGCGCAUCCGCACCACGGAAGACUUUACCAUUUCGAACGAGGAAAUACUGAAGUUCUCCAAGCUGUUCGAGGACGAGAUAACGCUCGAUUCGCUGACGCGCCAGCAGCUGCAGGCACUCUGCCGGGUGCUGGAAGUUUCGCCGAUCGGCACGUCCAAUUUGUUACGGUUUCAGCUGCGGCUUAAGCUGCGCAACCUAGCGGCCGACGACCGUACCAUCCAGAAGGAAGGCAUCGAAUCGCUCAAUCUGUCCGAGCUGCAGGCGGCCUGCCGUGCGCGCGGCAUGCGUGCGUACGGUGCCUCCGAGGAACGGCUCAAGUCGCAGCUGCAGGAGUGGAUCAAUUUGAGCCUGAACGAAAAGGUGCCACCCUCGUUGCUGCUACUGUCGCGCGCGCUCGUCCUGCCGGAGAACAUUACCACGAGCGACAAGCUGAAGGCAACGAUAUCUUCGCUGCCGGAUUCGGUCGCAACCGUGACGAAGGCGGCCAUCGGCGAACGGGAGGGUAAGAUCGACAACAAGACGAAGAUUGAGGUGAUCAAGGAGGAGGAACGCAAGAUCAAGGAAGAGCGCGAGGAGGAGAAAGAGAAGCAGAAGGAAGAACAGCAGGAGCUGGUCGAUGGUGCUCCGAUACUGAGCGCUGCCGAUGGAAAGCCGGUGGAACCGGUCGAGCCACCGGUGCAGCCGGAAAUCAUCUUUGCUCCUGCGCCCGCCCGAACGAUCUCGCUGGACCAGAUUCCACCGCAGCCGCACACGGUCGAGGAGAUUUCGAGUAAGGAUCUGGAGGUGCUGGGCAAUGCGCUCGGUACGCUGAGCAAGGACAAGAAGUCGCUGCUCGUCGAGAAGGAGGAAAUCAGGGACCUGAAGGAAGAGAUUGCCGACUAUCAGGAGGAUGUGCAAGAACUGCAGGAGGUUGUCACUGCCGCUCGCAAUCAGGAAGAGGUGCAGGUGAAGGAAUCGCGUGCCGCGAAGUUGCUCUUCAAGAAGGUUAACUCGAUGAUCAACCGCAUGGAUACGGUGCUGACGGAGUUGGAGCGCAAGGAGAAGCAGCUGAAGGAGAAGAUGCAUGCGGCUGAGCAGAGUGAGGAAGCGGCACAGAAGCCACAAGCAGCAGACGAGGAGCUGGUGCGGAUAGACGAGCUGAUGUCGGCGAUCAAGAAGAUCCAAAAUGUCACCGAUGAUUCGCGGUUAGACCAAAUCUCGAAGAUUCUGGGUAAAAUCGAUGACGAUCAGGACGGCCAAAUUAAGGUGGAGGAUGUGCUGAAGGUCAUUGAAACGAUUGGCAAGGAGAACGUGAAGCUGAACGCGAAACAGGUGAACGAGCUGAUCGAUCUGCUCGACAAGGAGGAAGAGCUCGAGGCGGAGGACAAGAUCGAGAAGGCACUGACCAAGAGCCUGGAAGCCAAAGAGAAGCAAAAGGAGCAGAAAGAGAAGGAGAAGGAAAAGUUGCUCGAGCUUACGGAUAAGGCUACGGAUCUGAGCUCGCUGGCGGCGCCACCACCACCACCGCUCAGCCCGUCGAAGCAGCUCGACGACGGUACGGCGAUUAUCGAUGCGGACGCACUGCAAAAGGUGGUGGAGGAGAGGAAGAAAAAUGCCAGUAUUAAUGGAGCACCGUCGUCUGGAUCGACGGUGCCGGGCGGAUCCACGGAGGUCAUGCCACCACCACCACCACCAACCGCAACACAGCAGCAUCCCGCCGAAUCGAGCACCGGUGCCUCGAAGGACAAAAUGAUUUGAGCGGACUGUCUCUCCCAGUUAAAAAAAAAACCUCCCAGUCAGGCUGUGCGGCGUUUGCGACACGAGGCAAACGACAUUCUUCAGUGCGGAGAAGGAACUUCCCAGGAGUCUUCUUCGAAAGACAGGCUCGCUUUAGCGUACAGCGAACGCAAAACGACGGUGCAAACCAACGACGGCGGCAUAGUGUUAACGCGAUGAGGACGAACACGAACAAGAUUUUAUGACUUGUACAAGCAAACAAAAAAAGGAGCAUACCCGGUGAAAAUGGACAUUGAUUUGUAAGCCGUUAGACGCGCCCUCUGCCUUUGCAAGUAAUGCAGCUGCUAGUUUGAAUUCCCGUUGCUGUUCCCGUUUGAUGCAUCUUAAAAUGGGCCAUGCCCGUUCCGGAUUCCAAGCUGCUUCGAUGUUGAGAGAUCCUGCCCAAUUUGAGCGUACUACAUUUCCUGUUAUAAGUUUAACUACUGUUUUUCUCCCCUCUUCCCACCUUCUCUACACAAUGUGUGUGUGUGAGUUCUGCGAUCUUAACGAUUAGCGUGUAAGGUGUGUCUGCAGCAGAUUACAAUUACGACGAUGACCCCUGGGGGGGAAAAAAGGACCGUUACGAAGUGAAGGAGGAUGGUGAUGGUAGAUUCCAAUUCACACAAAAAGGUGCUGUAAGCAGAAGCGAAAGCUGGAUACAAAUCCAACAAAUUUAUUGUGUAAUAAACGAACGAGCGCAUAAAUAAGUCAAAUGUACAAUAAAGAGAGAGGCGGAGAGAGAGAGAGAAGGAUAAUUUAUUAGAAACGUCCGGUACGGUA